AGGAGGCCACCGGCGGCCAAAGGGCCAAAGUGGCCAAGUCUCGGCAGCAGGCAAUCGCGCGCGUCGAUAAACGUGAGCCGAAGCAGGCCAGGGUACCGAGCCAAGGGUUCGGCGGACGACCGAGCGAACCCGGUUGAGAGCCCCGGAAGUCGAGCGAAGAAGCACGCCAGCAGCAGGCUUUGACCAGGAGGGGCAUCACGUGAUGCCUCCUGCCAGACAGCAGAUCGGCUGCGCGCAGAGCGGAUGGGAGGCCGACGCCGGUCCGCCCAACUUUUCCAACCAGCCGUCCCCAGUACACCGCGGACAGUCAUCGGUGCAUCGCGGCUAAUCCAAGUGGGCGCCGAUCCUACCUCGUGUGUUCCGCAGAGACCGGAUAGCAGAGCGACGCCACCGAGGACGGGUGUGACGCCGUGCAUCUGCCCAGUUGGCACACUCCAACAUGGCGCCCCAGCCUUGUCUGCGGGCCCGGUACAAAGAAACGCCUCUGGGCAACGCGCACUCGGCUUCUCACAGGACGGCUGGUUUCGUUGGCUGGUGCUGCUCUCAAGUGGACACAUGGCCAGAGUAAUGUAUAUCCGUGCUUUUGCAGUGAUCCCAGGGGACUGUAUGGGCCAUGGUGCUGCUGCCGAUUGCAAGCCGAUGUGUGAGUUCUCGCAAAUGCAUUUGAAUGUCACAGUGCCUGUCCACUGAACCAACUUAGUGUGUUGCCCUUUGUGCCUCCCCCAUUUUGCAGAACCGACACUGCCAAGAGUUGCUGCCUCACAUAACCAGAGGGUGCCUUGGUUGACUAUCGUUGUCGAGAGAUCAGUGUGGCUCUUAACUACUCUGUCUUACGUUGCUAUAAUAGGACAAGACGCAAACUUCCUAUGAGGACUCGUGUCAUGGCUGUGUACAAUUGUGACAGUUGCAGUUUUGUGGGAAAAAACCGGAAGCACCUAGCCAACCAUGUAGCCUUAAACCAUAGCACCCGGGUGUAUCGAUGCACCCUGUGUUCAUUUGUCACCCGGUACCAGGCCAACUUCUAUCGUCACCGGCGCAGCAUCCACAAGCUCAACAGCGCUAAUGUGUGCGAGAUGUGUGGCCGGCUCUGCGAUAACCAGGAUGAACUUGUUGCCCAUACAUCCAACGACCAUCCUCAGUUCCUGGAUGUUCUCCUUCGAAAACUUGAAGCCAAAAGGGCUCGGUAUGCCAAGUACACAGCGAGAGCAGACACGGACGACCUGGAUGAUGCCGCAGAGGCUGUUGUGGAGAUUAAGGAGGAAGUCCUAUCGGAGAAUGGCGCAAAAGAAGAGGAGCGCAAGCGACAGAGGAGCAGCUCCCCGCCAGCGUCGAGCAAGAAGGGGCGCACAGGGCGGAGGACCUACACCUGUGCUGAGUGCUCCUUGGUGACCAAAUGGCCACGGGAGUUUCUGAGUCACAGGAAAGACGUCCAUGGAGACCGGAUAACCAUCCAUGACUGUCCGUUCUGCGAGUAUGCCUCCAAGCAGCCGCAGAAGCUCCAGCGUCACUGCAACAUAGUUCACAAGAAGGAAAUGAAUGGCGAAGAUCCCAAGGACUUCCUGAGGGCAGUGGUGACCCCUGAAAAGCCGCCACAGAAAGUGCACCCGCCACCUGGGUUCAAGUGCAGCAGUUGCGCCUUCCAGGCUCGAAGCCGGGUGCUGGUCGAGGAGCACGAGAAGACGACGCACUUAAAGCGGCGCUUCUAUCGCUGCCAGCAGUGUGGCUACAUGUGCCAUGAAAAGGGGCGCUACACUCGGCAUCUGCGUUUCCACAGUUUGCCCAAGAUCAAGUGCCAGUUGUGCGACUUCCAAACAUGCUACAAAUGGAACAUGGACCGCCACCUCAAGUACCACGCGUCGGAUGGGGAGUUUCGGUGUGACCGGUGUGGUUUCACGACCAUGUCGCGCAAGAGCCUUACUGCGCACUGCCUUCACCACCACAAUGAGAACUUGAAGGAUAUUUCGGACAGUGAUGCAGACAAGACCCAGGAAAUGGAGAAUCCGGAAGACGAUGAAGACGAUGACCGACUCAUGAUUGACGAGGAUGCAGAAGAGGACGACGCAUUGCAGCCACCCUUAAAAAUGACGCUGAAGAGGUCUGGGGACACGGCUACGGUGGAAAGUACGCGCUCAGCUAUGCAAAAGUGUCGCUACUGCCCACAGAAGACCACGUGGCCAUCCGAGAUGAAGAAGCAUGAAGCAACCCACUUUAAGAUGACCAAAAAGCAUGGCUGCCCACUUUGCCAUAUUCGCUUCGACCACCUCGAACACUUGGAGACCCAUGUGAUGAACGACCACCAAGAAGAGGACGAGCACUCGGCAGACACUUCGAGUGCUGGGAUUGCUGCAGUGCGCACCACCAGUACACCUAUUAUCAUUGAGCUUGGCAAGUCUGAAGAGCUGAAUUCCCGAGCGAGCUUCUCUGGUUCAUCUCAAGCACUGGACAUCUCCAUCAAGAGUAAACAGCCAAUGCAGACGUGCGGCAGCUGUGGAUACACUACACGCUGGAUUUCGGAGCUGCGGAAGCACGAACUGGUUCACGGCAACCUGAAGCCCUUCAAGUGUACCUACUGCUCAUACACGAGUCGUUGGAAAGGGGACAUGACGCGGCAUGUUUUCAGAAUGCACAAAGAGAACUCUGGUGGCUGUGAGGGCCAGGAAGGGGAUGUGGAGCAGUCCAAGUCUAGUCAUGUUUUGCGAUUUUUGCUGUCACAGCCCAAGAAUGCCGACCAUGACUAUGAUUCGAAACCCGUUGAAGCAGAAAUCAGUAAAGUAACCGAGAGAUCUGCUUCUAGGCAUCAGGGCUCGCAUCAGCCAGGCACCCCGUCGGGGAAAGUGGUGCAGAAGUACAAGUGCCCCCAGUGUUCCUUCUUGACCCGAACAGCGUCACGGUUCCACGUGCAUAUGAUUCAGCACUUGAACAAGCGACCCUUCAUGUGUUCAGCCUGCAACUACCGUUCCAAUUGGCAGUGGGACGUGAAUAAGCAUAUCAAGACAAAGUCUGCUUACGACACAAGCCACAAAAAGGCGGAUCUGGUUGUCAUGGACGAAACUGGAUUUAAGAACUACUCCAAGUACAAAGUACACCUUGUGGAUGUAGAAGAAACUUCCAAGGGAGACCGAAUUCUGCAGCCAGCUCCGUCUGCCAAAGACGUUGCAGAUGAGGACGAAACCGAGAACAUUGUUGUAACCCCCGACAUCCUUUAUGGAGACCAAGAUGAUCAAGACCCUGGAGCAGUGGCUGCUGAGCAGGGAGGAAAUCAGCAGUUGCUGAACUGCGGCCAUUGCAGCUUCAGCCAUGCCGACCGUAAGGUGAUCGUUACGCACCUAGGGUCCCACACGGGAGUCAAGCCUUACCGUUGCCGCCUCUGUGACUUUGUUUCAAAGUGGUAUCACAUCGUCCUGAUGCACGUGCGGCACCGACACAACACAGGGCCGCGGGACAUUGAGAGCAGGGUGUCGUAUGUUGAAGAAGGCGGGACAUUCCGGUUGGCAGAAGAGGACGAUCAGCCUGCCCCUGCUGUGCCUCAAGGGCCGGUAGAGGAAUCAAAGAUCUUCAGGUGCAGUGCAUGCCCGUACCGCUGUUCCAAAGUCUGCCACAUGGAGUUUCAUAUGAAACAGCAUGUUCCAAAGGAAGGAGCAAUUUACAAGUGUCCCCACUGCCCCUACUAUGUUAACAUCAAGAAGACUCUGGCUCGCCAUAUGAAACUGCAUGAGGCUGAGGGGCAGCAGCAGCCCUUGGAAAGCAUGCCUUACCAAAUGCCACUCAAGAUGGACAUGAAGAAGCACACAUGUGACUACUGCCCCUAUACAUCAGAUAACAAGACACAGUACCUGUACCAUAAGCAGUUCCAUCGGCCCAACAAAAACGCACCAUACAAGUGCACCCACUGCACAUACUGGUCCACUCACAGCCACCUGAUGGCACAGCAUCAGAAGAUUCACCGCAUAGGUGAGGCCAAUGGCAUGCCUCAGCAUACCCCAGAUGGAACACCAUACAGUGGUGGCAUCCAAGCCAUGACAACUAUGGUGAAUGGAACUGCCCGUCGUAUGUUUAAGUGCCGCUUCUGUCCCCUAACCAACAAGCGCCGCGCUAACGUGAAGGUUCAUGAGCGUAUGCACAUGGGUUCCAAGGGUGCCAAGUUCCAGUGCGUCCUCUGCAGCUACCGCUGCAACAACACCGGGGUGCUCGCCAGCCACAUGAAACUCCAUAAGGCCGAAAACCCAUCUCUGGAUCUAAACCGAAUGAAAACCUUUUGUGAGAACCUUAACUCCCUCACUGAAAGACCAGUGGUUGUGAAGCAGGGUGUCUGUGACAUGACGCAGAGCUUGAGCUCGGUGUCUUCAGCGAACAAGAUGAAGCCAUCGCCACGCAAAAAGAUCUUCAGCUACUUCUGUGACAAGUGUCCGGCCAUGUUUAAGAGCCACACGGACCUGGACACUCACAGAACGUACCACAGCUCAUCCCACCUCUAUCCUUGUCACCUGUGCGACUACAGAGCGCGACAUAAGCCACAUCUGCACAAGCACCUCCUCGUGCACACACCAGAGUAUGCGGAACGCCAGAACGGGUUCACGCUGGCAGAGAUCCGCAGCCAGGACCGGAGUCAGCAACAGGCCUCGGCCAGUACCCCCGCUGCGUCGACACUCGCUACUGCUGACCAAAUGCUGCUCCUGGAGGAAGCCGAGACGCGUGCCUUUGUGGAUAGUGGCUCGCAAGCACUGAAGCUGCACCGAUGCAGCCGUUGUCCGGCAACCUUCCAGAAGGCUACUACCCUCGAUUACCAUGUGGGGCUGCACGGCAGCCCCGGUGUGUAUGCCUGCCACUUCUGCAACUACGCUGCCAACAGCUCCGCCAAUGUGAGUGCACACACACACCUGCACUACCGUGGUGCCCUCAAGCAAAAGCAACCUCCCAAGAUGUUCAGCUGUGACAAGUGCCCCGCAUCAUUCUCCAAAUACAACCGCUUUGAGAGCCACCUCACACUCCAUGGACGUAAGGAACGUUUCUGCUGCACGCACUGUGACUAUUCUGUCAGGUUUGCCGCCAAUUUGGUCAAACACCGCAAGCUUCAUGAGAAAACCCCAGCACCUGAAACUGGGGAGCCUACUGCAAAACCCACACCAGCCAUGCCUUCUCUGGUGACUGCACCUAACAUACAGGAGCCUUCAGAGAAGGUUGUCCAGUUGAACACGAUGACCCCCAUGUUGGACAUUGAGGCAAAGGUGACACAAGCCCCAGCUGAGGAGAAGCGUAUUUAUGUGUGCAGUCGGUGCCCAUACACAUACCACCGGAGAGACACAGUUGCAAACCACUUGCGGCGGCACGGUGCGUCUGACGGCUCUGCAUGCAGCUUCUGUGACUACCGAGCAGCCCACGUGUCGACGCUGCGUGACCAUGUCAAGUGCCAUUUUCAGCCGGCACGGCACAAUAAACCGCAAGCUUUCAUGAAGUGCGACACUUUCGAGGUAUGGAGCAGUGAUGGUGACGGUGCGAGGUUACUGCUCUUUCGGGAUGGCGGGAGUGGCAGCUACUUCCCAGAGCAUGUUGGAGAGCUUGACGAUGAGGAAGUGUCUUCACUGAGCCCUAUGCCGUCGAGUUCCACCUCGUCUAGUCCCUCCACGUCAAGCUCAGCUUCAUCGGCUAGUGCACAUUCACCUGGGUUGCCCUUGCAGAAGGAGGAGCUUCCAGAGGUGUCCAUUAAACAGAAAACGGACGAUGUAAUUGCAGCCAGCAAAGAAACUUUGGAUGACCUAGUCAGCAACGUCGUUGUGUUGAAUGACACCAAGGACGACUUGCUUCAAAACUGCAACACCCAGGUUGUCAACAUUGUGGUCUUAGACAACAGUGGAAGGAGUGCGGAUGAGCACGAGGCUUCAGAGAUUCAUGGAACUACAGACGUUCACGAGGCUGUGCACUUGGAAGGACGAGAAGAGAGUGUAUUAGAGAAAGACGAGGGAAAGGGAGAAAGUGCACAGGACCUUUUCAACCGCAUCUGUAAUCCAGGUGGAAUGGAAUUCGACGACGUUGAAGAUGAGAAGGAGGUCUACGUUGACAGUGUCGAUGAAGACGUCGAUGAAAUUGAAUGUGAAACGGUGGCUUUGGUGGACAAUAUGGAGGAGGAGGAGAUUUCUGUCUUGGAAGAUGAGCAAGAGGAGCAUCUGGAGUCGCCAAGCAAAAGACAAGACUUGAAAGAUGAACCGAUUGAAAAUGAUUUAGGUGAAGUGGACAAAAAGGAAAGUUUGGAAAACAAAGCUGUGGAUGAAGAGAAGUUGGUGGAGAAUAAGUGUGGAGUGAAGCAAGAAACUCAAUACAUCUCUGAGACUGUGUUGACUCGGAACCCUUCUUUUCUAGAAGAUGGGAAUGCUGAGGUGAUGGACGAUUCCUGUACAAAUGUGCCUGGAGAUGUUCAUCAAGCUUGCAAGUCAGGCACUAUACAAACAGUGGAGAAUUUGUAUGUCCCGAGUAACACUUCUGUAGAAGACCACGGUAGAGACCAACUACCUGCAUAUUCUAAUGGAGCAGAGCUUCGGAGUAACCUAGCUCAUGCCUCGGGAGACUUCAUCGAAAUUGAAGAGGUGUUCAGAAAGGACAUCUUCUCCGAAGACUCCAGUCAAGUUGAACUGGAGGUUUUCAGCAACUCUAAGGAAUUUGAGCAUCUUGAUGAGGCAUCACGAGACUCUGCUAAGGAACUAGAAUCUGUAAAGUACAUGGACCAGCCCAUACAAUGUUUUACUGAAGAAGUGGAGCUUGCAGGGAACCUCAAGGAUUCAGUGCAAGGUUCUGUUGAGGAAGACGAACCUGUGGGCAAGUCUCACCGACUGCUACCGGGAUUUUUCAGUGAGGAUGGGCCUGCAGAAAAUCGCAACAUGCAGGACUUUGUCAAGGAGGUUCCAGGUACUAACCUUGACCAACUGCCCAGUGCACUUGUUAAUGUGGAGGAGGCUGUCAACCAACCUGCAAAAUUUGUACAGGACAUUGUUGAGGAGGAAGUGCUUGCAGAUAACAUUGACUGUCUGGCGCAUGCCUUUGUUGACAAGGAGCAGCGGCCUGUACAGGACCUUGGACCAAUGGGGCCGGACAUUGUUAAUGGUCAGGAAUCAGUAGGAACCUCCGAACAACUUGCCAAAGACUUUGUGGAUGAGGUUGAACCUGUUGGGGACCUUGGGCAAGUGGAAGAGGAAGUUGUCAGUGAGGAGGACCAUGCAGAAAUCCUUGACCAGCAGGUAUUGGAAUGCCUUCACCACCCAACACGGGGUCUUGAACCACUGGAACAGGAAGUUACCAGUCAGGGUGAGCUUGCAGGAGUCUUUGGCCAUGCAGUACAAGAAGUAGAGGAGCCUGCUGGAAAUCAUCCAGUGGGCAACUUGGCUAAGGCAGAGGGACCUGCAAAAGACUUUGGUCAAGCACUUGAAGGCCUUGUUGAAGAGAACAGGCCUGCAGAAGACUUAAAUCUACUGGUGCAGAAGCACAUUGUUGAAGAGGUCAGACCCACAGAGGACUUUGAUAUACCAGCGCAGAAGAAUGUAAUUGAAGAGCCUGUUGCAUCUCGAAAUAGGGACGAUUACCCAAGCCCCAGCAAGGUUGUCUGCCUUCAGACUUCCAAGGAGUUGAAAGUGCCAGGAGAUCUUAAGAAAUUGCAAGGUGAUGCAACACAUUUGACUAUUUUCCAGGUCCAGUGUGAACAGAGCAGUGAAACAGACUCCAGUGGUGUUGAAAACGAGAGUGGUGUUAAGCCCAAAGACUCUGUCAAAGAGACAGCUCGGGCAUCAGUAUUGUCUAAAGCUGAUGAAGUGGUGCUGGUGCCACAGGACGUCUUCGAGAUGCAGUCGCCCACCAUACAAACACCAGGUCCACCGGACGCCGAGCCCAGCAUGGAAGUGAAGCAUGUCAGCGUGCUGUUCACUGCUGCCGGGUCUCAUUGAUACUACUGUUUCAGCACGAGUGCUCACAGUCCAUGGCAGCUGUGCAGAUGCAUCAGCUUAAAGCUGGUACAAACUGCACCAAAUGGUUUUAGCUUGGUUCUGUGCGUAGAGUUGUGAGUGAACUUUUGUUUUCUUUAGGUCACUUGACUGCAGUGAAAUCAUUGAAAGCUGUUCAUGUGCACUGGCAUAUUUUAAUAAGAGUACAUCUAGUUUUUCACACAUUAUGAAAAGAACCAAAACGUGUUUAUCUUUCUGUGAUUUACACUUCUAAACUGCAUAGCCAGGUAUGCUGUCAAGGAAGUUUCUUUUUUGUUUUAUUAAAUGGAAUGUGUUUCACAGCUCUGUAUAUUCUGUCUUGUAGAAGUGGCUGGUAAUUCUUUUUCUAUCAAGCUGUUGCAAUGCAUUUUGAACUCUCAGUCGUAUGGAUGAAUAUGUGCCCUUCCUGCUCGUGUGUUUUAGCAGAAUGGUUUUAUUUACUGAUGCAGCAGGCUUCCACUAGUUGGGACUGGAACAUGCCUGCACCAGGGUGGAAUGUCCACCUAAAGAGUAAAGUGUGUUUUGCCUAAAAGGGCUCACCUUUCUCCAUUUCCUUUGUGCAUACAUGGUUGUUUUGUGCAGAAGGCUGAAUAUUGACAGAUAAUGUGCCCAUCUCGUGCCAGCAAGCAUUGGUAUGGCAGUGGAACACAUUCCUAGUCAUGUGGGCAGACUGGCCGAUUUGUGGCCUGGCCACCUUUCAAGGAUCGACAUAGUUGUGGAUCAAUAAAGUGCACCCAUACCAA